AUGGAGAGAAUCGAAAAACAAGUAGUCUCCAUGGAGAAAACUUUGGAUUCCGCCAGAAGGUGGCGCUCGUUCUCAGUGUGUUUACUAAUUGUGAUUAUAUUCCUUCUGGCAGCAAUCGCUACCUCUAUAGUAUAUUAUGAACUGAUUAUGCGCACAAAGAAACUUUCCCGUCACACUAAUAUACAGGAGACAACUGCUGUCGAAGAGGAACCAACAGAUCCACCGAUGUUUCGCGAUUUAACACAGGUAGAACUUAAAAGACUGAAGAGAUACUUACACGAGCAUGGCGACUUCAACCUAAAACAUAACAAACCUAUUGUAAGCUCGAGCUUCCUGUUUCUAUCUGAAUUACACCUCCCUAACAAAUCACAGGCCUUGGAAACAUUAGAUAAGCACCAUAAUGCGCCGCCUAGAGAGGCAAAAGUUGUGCUAUUCAGAGGAGACAAGAAGAUUCCUGUUAUUGAAGAAUAUGUUGUUGGACCGCUAGCCAACAUAACGUAUCACCGUUUGCUUGUGUCCAAACAUUACCAAAGACCGGCGCCAUAUCUUUUCAGACCGAACAGUAAAGCGGAAUACCUCGAGGUAAAGAAACUGCUGACUGAUGUUGAUGAAGUUAUCAAGCACGUUUUACUGGAAAGUUAUGAUGCGCGCUUCUUCAGUUGUGACCGGAAGUGUUUAGUCUUACAUCGAUGGACAGUUGUCUCCCCUACUGUUUCGGGAAUCGACGUUCGUAAAGUUUGGUACUGGGCACACCACUUCACCGAGUAUUAUCUCUUAAAUCCUGUUGAUUUCUUUAUUCUCUUUAAUCUUGAUGGAAAUGAUCCCAGCCAGUUUCAUGUCGAAACCAUCUGGUAUAACGGACAGCAUUUCGAUACGGCUGAGAAUUUAGCAGAUGCUUUCACUGCGGGUACUGUCAAGAAAUCAUCAAUAAUAUUUCCCAAAGAAAAUCCUAUGCACUUUGCCACCCUUAAUUUAAGAGGGAAUCAGUUUCCAGAGAAGAAUAUGCGUAGCCCUAAACAGGUGGAACCAGACGGCAGGCGUUACUACCGGAAUGACAGACAUGUUACGUAUAUGGGUUGGGCGUUUGACUUUCGGAUGUCUACUACAACUGGACCUCAGCUAUUUGACAUCAAACACAUGGGACGUCGAAUUGUUUACGAGCUAAGUCUUCAGGAAAUAUCGUCUUUCCACUCCGGGUUUAAACCUUGGAACAGAUAUUCUGAUAUGCUAUACAGUAAUAGUCUCUUGGGAUAUCAAGCUCGUGAUCUUGUUCCGGGAGCAGAUUGUCCCAACUCUGCCUCCUUCAUCAGUGCUACUCACUGGACAGAACACCGAAGUGACCCUGUCACGUAUGAACGUGCGUUCUGCCUCUUUGAACAUAGUACUGGCGAGCCAUUGAGGCGCCACCACGCGUACGAUAGAAUGACCGGUCGAUUCUAUGGCUCUCUAGAAGAUAUUGUCCUAGUUCUCAGGGCUAUCAUAUCAGUGAAUAAUCAGGAUUGCAUUGUGGAUUUUAUUUUUCACCAAAAUGGUGCUUUAGAAGUGAAAACCUCAUUAACCGGUUAUAUGAUGGCUAUGCUUCACUCACCUCCAGAAGGAAGGUAUGGUUUUAAACUCCGCGAUAGACUCAUUGGAACGAUAAGUCAACACGCAUUCAAUUUUAAAGUUGAUUUGGAUAUUCACGACAUUAAAAACCGCUAUGAGACAUUACAGUUUGAACCUCAUAUCAUCAACAAUAAUGAUUGGUCGGUAGAAAAGAAUUCAAGAUACCAACAAAUCAAAUUUACAAGGAAUUCAAAAAUGACAGAACUACAAACGUUGUAUCGAAAAAAUACUAGCCUUCCUCUAUAUCAUAUAUUUUACAACAAAGAUUAUAGAACUACGUACAAUGACGCGAGGGCGUAUCGGAUACAGAUCGAUGGCGGACUAACACAUCUACUGUCACAAGGUAUCGCCAAUGAGCCGUCGAUAUCUUGGGCGCGGUAUCAGAUGGCGGUGACGCGCCGGAAAGACGAUGAGGGACAAAGUAGUUCGAUUUACGCAAUGUGGGAUAGGAAAGAACCAAUUGUCAAUUUUCAGAGUUUCCUUGACGACAACGAAAAUGUUGUUGAUACAGAUCUAGUUGCCUGGGUAACACUGGGACUUCAUCACCUACCACAGAUGGAGGAUCUACCACUUAUUUCAUCUGUUGGCAAGCGGCUAUCUUUCUUUUUAACUCCAUUCAACUAUCACGACUCCGAUCCAUCCAUGGCGUCAAGAGAUGCAAUACGCAUGUCUUAUGAAGAGACUUCCGGUUCCGAUCACAUUGUUAGGGUUGAAAAUUAUGGAUUGCCGAAAGAUUUUUCGUGCGAUUCUGAAUUCCAAGAAAAUUCUUACUUCAAUACUUCUGAAUUAUUUGAACAAACAUAA